AUGAUGUUUCGGUUGCGGGUCAAGAUUUUCUACGUCUACAUCAUUAUUUCGUUCGUGUUUAGCAUCUAUCUCUUCUACCUGAUCUCAAAGUACUCGUUCGAAAGGUUCAUCAACUACCAGCGGCAUGUACGAAGCAGCAGCAAAUUCCCGGACCGGCCACGGAUACCACAGAUCGUGGGUCACUACGUGGGCGUCGGUACGCUGGGCAACCUGUCGAAGGACUUCAUGAACGCCAACAACUUCGAUCCGGUGCCGGGUGUCGGCGAGCACGGUGAUCCGGUGGUGAUUCAGGCGAAUGAUCUGCUUCGGAUGCAGCAGCUGUUUCAAGUGAAUCGCUACAAUCUGCUGGCCAGCGACCGGAUCGCACUGAAUCGCAGUCUUCCGGAUGUGCGGAAACCAAAGUGUGUGGCGAAGCAGUAUCCCUCCAAACUGCCGACCACCUCCAUCAUUAUCGUCUUCCACAACGAGGCCUGGUCGGUGCUGUUGCGCACCGUUUGGAGCGCCAUCAAUCGCUCACCGAAGGGACUGGUGCGCGAAAUUCUGCUGGUAGAUGAUGCUAGCGAUCGGCGGUUUUUGAAGCGCGAGCUCGAGAACUACGUCCAGAAGCUACCGAUCUCGGUGACCAUCUUGAGGCUGAACCAACGGGAAGGUCUCGUAGCGGCGCGGCUGCUCGGUGCACGGAUGGCCACAGGCGAUACGCUCACCUUUCUCGAUGCCCAUUGCGAGUGUUCCCCAGGGUGGCUGGAGCCACUGCUUGCCCGGGUGCAGGAAAACCCGAAAAAAGUGGUCUGCCCGGUCAUUGAUAUCAUUUCGGAUGAUAAUUUUUCGUACAUCAAGAGCUUCGAGUUCCACUGGGGUGCGUUCAAUUGGCCACUCCACUUCCGCUGGUACACGCUGAGCGAUGAAGAGCUGGCGGAGCGAAGGAAGGACACUACGAUCCCAUUUCGGACACCGGCCAUGGCCGGAGGGCUGUUUACGAUCGAUAGGAAAUACUUUUUCGAUAUCGGAGCCUAUGAUGAGCGGCUGAAGAUUUGGGGAGGCGAUAAUCUGGAGAUGUCUUUUCGCAUCUGGCAGUGCGGUGGUGAGAUUGAGAUCGCACCGUGCUCGCAUGUUGGCCAUCUGUUCCGCAAGAGCUCCCCGUACACCUUCCCGGGGGGUGUCACUGGUAUUCUCAACGAAAACCUGGCCCGCGUAGCACUGGUUUGGAUGGACGAUUGGGCCAAAUUCUUCUUUAAAUUCAACAAAGGAACAGAAGAGUUCAAAAGUUUGAACGUUUCGAGUCGACUUGCGCUGAAACGAUCGCUAAACUGUAAAUCCUUCGACUGGUACCUGCGGCGCGUAUGGCCACAAAACUUCUUCCCCGCACCGAACAAAUUUUUCGGUCGCAUUCAACCGAUCGACCUGACGUCCACCUUCGAUUACCAGGAGUACCUCACGCUGAUGAAGAAGAUAACGCUGAUCAUUAAGAACCUGAACCCGGAGUUAAAGUGGAAGUUCCUGAUCAAAUACCUCGGCGAGAAUGUGAAGCGCAUCGGUGAUUCGAUGAAGGCGGCCAAACAUACGCCGUAUUGUCUGCACAAACCGAAAACCAACACCGCCAUCAACCAGCCGUAUGGCCAAUCGUACCUGCAAAAGUGCUCCCUCCUGAUCAACGUGCUGGAUGAGCAGUUUGUUAUCGAUGACUAUGGGCGCAUUAUGACGGACGAGGGCAUCUGUUUGGAUUCCUAUCGUAAGACGACCAUCGAUGGGGAGGAACUGGUGGAGGGCGUGCGCAAGAUUAAGAUGGUCACUUGUGGCAGUCAGAAACCGAACCAACGGUGGAUCUACGAAACCGAUACGUACCAUCUGAAGAACGUGGGUGAUGGGGUGGACUGUUUGGAGCGUAGCGCGACGCUCAUCCACGAGGAUGGUGAAGACAAGUACGAGCUGUUUCUCGGACCGUGCGACGUACGGAACGAGCUGCAGAAAUGGAUGCUCUUCCCGGUAGCGUGGAAGUAAGCGUCGGUAUCGCGGGACGAGGCCGAUUGAUAGGACAUUCCCGGAGUUUAAAAGAGCCCUCUUUAGCUCUCUUUCUUCCCACUAGUUAACUCGAGCAAUUUAUCACCAUAAACCAGAUACAUGGUAGCUUAGGAAAUGUUUAGAAUGAACGACGAAAUCGCAGACGGAACGGCACACAGACAAGGUGCCAAACAACCUCAAACCAGCAUCACUCAAUACUGCGGGACGAGGGAAAACGUAUACAAACAGCACGUUUUACCAUCGGAGGCACUCUUCCCGGUUUGACCAUUGUUUUUUAAGAAACCAAUUCGCCCUUCGGGCCGUUACAUUUCAACUUUAACACUUAAGACAAAACGGCAGGACUUUUUGAACCCAUUUUCUAAGGACUGGUAACGUAAUGAUAAUGUAUGUAUUAAUGUGUUUCGCGUCCGUUAGGCGAUCCCUUCGGUCACAAAGCGGAUAUGCGAAACAAGUAUUAAUCAUCGUUCCGAUUUCUCACAAAAGACUUUCUAGUAACCUAUAUUUGUAGCCUACGGAUAAUGCAGAAUCCGUAUUUUCCUUAUUUCGUUAGCCGACAUUCGUACUUACUUAAGCUUAAGUUAAUAUGAUUUGAGACUGUGAUAUUGUGAACUUAAAGAAAGACCAGCGGAAACCGAAACUAGUGUACCCAGUGUCGCGAGUGUGAAGGUCGUACCAGUAGCAAAAAGUACUUAGGUAAGCAACAACUCAAUUCAGCUCAACGCUCAAUCUCGAAUGAUUAUAGUUUCUAAUACGAACAAAUAAAG